AUGCUGACCUCUCCGGUUUCAGACACAGAAGAGGCUCUGUUUGCUGAGAGGAAGCCCCCUCUGCAGGCGGAAUAUCCGGAGACAAAUGCCAAGCUGUGCACCUGUAUCCCAAAGACCCUCUGGGUGUUUCGAACGCAGACCCCAAGCUUACUAGUGGAUAGGGACCACUCUGCUCAGAUGGACUGCAGUCACACCCUGAGUCCUUAUCAUCACAUGUACUGGUUUCGGCAGCUACCGGGGGAGAGUAUGAAGCUGAUUGUCCACACGGUGCCUUACAAGCAACCUGACUUUGGGAACUUCAGCCAGGACAAAUACUCGGCCAGCAAGACGGUGAUUGAAAGCGGAUCUUUCACGGUGAAAAAUGCUCAACCAGGAGACAACAGAGUGUAUCUCUGUGCUACCCAGAUCUCCACAGGAAUAUCUCCAAAUAAAAGUGAAGAUGUUCAUCAGACUCCAGCCGAUCUGCUGGGGGAGACAAAAGAUAAAGUCAAACUGUCCUGCAAACACAGCAUCAACGACUAUUACACCAUUCUGUGCAUGAGACAAUUUUGGUGGAGAAUGACACAGGAGGUUCACCGGCCAAAUUGCAAAAAGGAACACAGAGACAAAAGCAGUAAGAUACCUUUUUGUCACAGUCGGAGAGCUCUGUGUUCAUUCGCCGCCGCUCGCUUUGGAGCUGGAACUAAACUGACCGUCUUAGAUCCAAACCGUGCCGUCACCCCGCCAGCGGUGAAAGUGCUUCUGCCUUCGCCGAACGAGUGUCAGAACAACAAAGACAAGAGAAAGAAGAAGACCUUGGUGUGCGUGGCCUCUCGUUUCUACCCGGACCACGUGAGCGUGUUUUGGCAGGUCGACGGGGUGAACGUCACGGACGGCGUGUCGACUGACAACGUGCCCCUGUGGGGAGGGGAACAUUACAGCCUCACCAGCAGGCUGAGGGUCCCGCUCAGUGAGUGGUUUACAACGGGCAAGGAGUUCACCUGCACCGUCAGCUUCUUCAACGGGAACGAGACCGUGCACCGUUCAAAUUGGGUCGAAGGCGUCAGCGGACCAGGAGCUGCAGCGAUAAGAGAGAAGUAUUUGAGGAUCACCCACACUGCCAAGCUGUCCUACGUUGUUCUGAUAGUCAAGAGCGGCAUCUUUGGAGUCUUUGUGGGGUUCAUGGUGUGGGGGCUUCAGGUUUCCUCUGGAAAACAGGACGACUGAGAGCUGAGCUGCACAAACCAGCAGAUUCUCCUCAUUUCAGUGAAGACAUAUUUUGAAGUUUUUGUUGUUUCUUUUACUCUCGAUGCACCAUCAGUUCUGCACAAAUCAGAGCAUUUUAAAAGCAUUUGGUAUUCUACUUAACAAUGCUGUCUGUUUGUGUAAGUGCCUGAGAACUGCUUUAAGCUGAAUUCUAUUCCCAAUAAAGGUUUUUCAAGAGGA